AUGAUGAUGACUGGCCGUUUGCUGCUGGUGUGUGCCCUCUGCGUGCUGUGGUGCGGCGCCGGCGGAGGCGGAUGCACUGAGGACACGGCAGGCUCUGAAAGUGGACUCAGUAAUCGUGGGAGUGAUGAAGUCUCUGAAGGCGCCAGCGGUCAUACGGCGUCUGGUGGAGCGGGAAACCCUUCCGCAGAGCAAACACGGCUGAGGAAAGUUGAGGGUUCCGCACCCGGGUCCCCGCAAUUGCAAGCUGAUUUAAAGCCUCAAUCGCCAACAAUACAGGCACCAUCACCAUCCAGCUCCGAACAUACGGAUUCACUGUCACAUUCACAAUCAUCGGGCGAAGAACGGCAAGACGAAACACCCGAAGGUCCACCAGGGGAACCGGAGACUUCACUCAAUCAGGAGGAAAAUAAGGAUGUAUCAAUUGAAAAUCAACAGAAUAUUGAUCACCCAUCUCCUUCAGGUAACGACGAUGUCGUCAGCAGUAAUAGUGAGGAACGCACAGAAGGUACUCCGAGCAGUACUGAAAUUAUUGUUGCAGCACCGUCAGAAGAGGGGCAGGAACGUGAAAAUGUCACUCGUUCCUUGGAACAACCUCAGGAAACUUCCACAGCCGCACCGGCCAUUACCACUCAAACAAGUUCCACGACGACAUCUGACGUUGGUGAGAGCAACACCGUCAAAAUGAGUGAUGCGGCACCCCAAUCAACAGGCACCGCUCAAACAAAUGAUACGACGAUGCCUGCCGAAAAUGACAGCAGCACCGCGGUCUCCCACACCACCUCCCCUCCUUUGCUUUUUCUUGUUGUUGCGUGUGCGGCUGCUGCUGCGGUGGUGGUGGCCGCGUGA